AUGACAGAGGCUCUUCAUAUGACGCCACAACCGCAACAUUUAUAUGACCAACCUAAAGAUUAUAUUUCUAGAGGUGGUUAUCAGGAUAUAAUGAAAGGUCAGUUUGAUACUGCAAAGACUCUUUUGGAUCAAAAACUCUCACAUUCUAGCGACAGCUCAAACCAAAAUAAAGAUGAAGCUGGUCUUCUGGAUCCAUGGAAGACAAAUUCCACGGAUCAAGAAGAUUAUACAAAAUCCAUUAAAUUCAAUAAACCUUCACAAAAAGAUGAAACUGUUGAUAACGUAAAAAGUUCUAACAACGGCCUUGACGAUUUACUCAAGAGUAGUUUACAAGCGUCUGAUUUGUUUCUCGAUCCAUUUGGUGAAGAGAAUGAAAAACUUAUCCUGUCAAAUUCCUCUUUGUCAGAAGAGGAAAAAAAAGCAAAGAUCAACAGUAUCUUUUCACGAGCUGCUAGCAAUGGAAAUGCUGAAAAAGUAUCUCGAAUGUUAGAUACUGUGAGAGAAUAUAUUGAUAUUGACGCCCAAGAUGAAGAAGGAACUACACCAUUGGUUUACGCUGCGUGCUUUGGGCAUGAUGCUGUUGCAUUCACAUUAUUGGAGGCUGGUGCAAAAGUGGAUGCUCAAGAUAGAUUCGGAUGGACACCAUUAAUGUGGGCUACCAAUAACAAUCACGAUAAAACCAUUCGAUUGUUUUUGGAUAAUGGUGCAGAUGCUGGUGCUAAAUCGGCAAAAGGUAGAACCGUAUUCGAUUUUAUUCCACCUGAAAACCACAAACUUGCCGAAAUCUUUAUAGCUAAUCCUCAACGUGAUAGCUGGUCAAGUGUUAGUAGUAUUAGUCGAUGGUCUAUGCUUAGUGAAUCUGAACACAAAUUAGUAGAACAAUUAGCUGAAGCUGAAAUGAGAAAGAGAAUUUUAAUGGAAAAGGAAGACGAUAAUGAUCAAUUUGAAUUUAUGUGGAACGAUUGCUUGCCAGACCAGAUGAUUGUCUUUGGAGUUGAAGAUAUACCACAUAUUAUUAAAACAGUUAUCACUGGAAUGCAACCGAUCAGAAAUAAAUCUCAAAAACCUGUACCUGCGAAUGUAUUAUUCUUGAGUGCUCGAUUUGCUCAUUAUUAUAGUAGUCCUGAAUUAUUAGAAUCAUUAUUAUUCGAAGUUAUUAAUUCCAUAGAUACUGUUGUCAAGACACGACCCGAUGAUAUGACUCUUUUAUCAUUCUGGAUUUCAAAUUGUACAUUAUUACUGUACUAUCUAAAAAAAGAUUCAGGUCUUGCUAGCGCUACAGUUGAAUAUCAAUUAAGGAUCUCUGAACAACUUCAUGAAACAUAUGUAUUUUUGAUAAGAGAUGCCGAAAGACGAAUUGAAAAAGUAUUAGAAUCUUCAAUGUUAGAAUAUGAUGCCAUCCCUGGAAUGGAUGAUGUUCGGUUCGAAGGUGAAUGGAGGGUUUUCAGAAAUUUCACUCGGAGAUCAAAAAGCCCUCAAGAAAAUGGCUAUACAACCCCGUCAAGACCUUCAUCUAUCAAUCUAAAAAGGAAUUCCUCUUCAAAUAUGAUACCUUUUCGUACUCCUGCAUCUCCACGGCAACGAAGCGCUCCAUCUCCCCGCAAUAUUACUUCCCUUUUAUCCUCUACACUUUUUAUACUUCAAACUUAUGAAGUUCAUCCGAUGAUCAUUGACCAAGCAAUGCAAAUUCGUCUUAAUGUUUCUGUUAUUGAAGAUUGGGUCCGCACCAACAAUUUAUCACUAUCUCUUAUAUCACAUUUCCAACCUUUGAUUCAACUUUUACAAUUGUUGAUGUGCUGGUCUCAGAUGACUGAUUUUGCAUUUUUAGUGCAAACUACUAAAGAACUUAACCUUAUUAAUCCUGCACAACUUAAGCGAGUCAGUAAAAAUUAUAAAUAUGAGGUUAAUGAGCCAAAGAUAACCGAAGAGUGUCAACAGUAUAUUUUACAAUUAGAAGAGGAUACUGAACGACGGAAAAAGCGUUAUUCAACUGAAAGUAUACGGAGCGAUCGAAGUGAUGCUUCAAGUAUCAUUUACUUAACAGUAUCGCCGACAUUACCACCUUGUGGUGAGCCUAAUUGGGAGGAUGAUGAUGACUUAAUGGAAAUGAAGCCUAGUGAUUCAUUAUUACCGUUUGCUAUACCGACUAGUACUGAGAUGUUGGCAAACUUUGGUACCAAGAAUAAAGAGUCUGACCCUAUUAUACCUAUUGUGCCCGAUGAAUGGAUGGAAAAAUUGGACGUUGGAAUGCGACAUGGUACUAGCGGUGUUGUUGAAGAACUAACAUUAAAAUGGGAGGCUGAAUAUUUGGAGGAGGAUGAAGAAGAUGAUGGCGUAUUAGAAUAA